AUGAGUCACGCAGUAACGGAUAUUAUUAAUACGCAUAACUUGUCAUUCAAAACUGAUACUUAUACAUUAAGCCAACAUUCGACCGAAUUAAUGUCUAGUCUCUCAAACCGGCAUGAUCGCCGUUUAGUACUAACUCGUUUAAAGAAUCUUGGUUUCAACCAGGAACAAAUAGCGGUUCUCAUGAAACCCGGAAGACACAAGAAUGAAAAUGAAGCCAAUCACAACCGAUUCACGCCUUCAUGGUUACGUUCUGAAUUGGGGAAUUCUGGUCUUUCGGCCGAAAUUAUCAAUGCAACGAAAAUCCAAAUAUCACUACUUUAG